AGAAAUGAAUUCAACUCUGGAAUUAUUUCGAUUGGUCACAUUGGCUCAAAUGUUACACUCUCAGUUGGCAGUGGCGCAGCAAACUUCAACUUUAAUUUAGCUGAAGCCAAAUCAGCUGAGAAGAAAAUAGAAUUGCAAUCCAUUCUAUUCAAAUUAGCUGACAGUGUUUCUCAAUUAGAGAAGGAGCUCUCUGCUGUGAAUGAACAAAUGAAAUCUCUGAGGGCAGAGAAGUCAUCUAGCAGUGGUAUCAGUGCCCUGAUGGAUUUAAGUCCAAAGAAAGCUGGUGGCAACAAGACAAAGCCCAACAAAGCUGGCAUGAGUGUUAUUAACCCAUCCAGUCGGAAAAGAAAGGCAGCAGCUGGUGUUGUAUUUGAAGAAAGCUAAACUAAAAUAAUUAUUUUUUACUUCAUUUUACAACAUUCUUUGUUGCUCAUACAUAAAACAUUUUUUGUUGUAAGAUUUUUAAUUCCUUUAUGUACAGUUUUUAUUUUAUUUUUUUGCAAUGCAAGUGAUUUUUACAUAGUUUUUUGUUUAAAAAUUGAUUUUUAUGAUGUUUAUUUCACCUGUCUGAUCUAAAUACCAGAUUUAUUACACAAAUUAUUUUUGUAAAAUAAAGUUUUAUUUUUAAAUUAAA